GUGGGCUUGGGUCCUUCGGGAGGGUGACCCUCCAGGCAUAGGGGGCCCCCCGGGGCGGCGCCCGAGGAGGCGGGGCGAGGAGGCUCGGGAGGGAUUUCAAAUCUCCCUCGCCCGUCCCUUUGGCCCCGCCGGUCGGUGAGUGGCUGCGGCGGGGGCGCCCCCGGGCGGGGGCGGGGCGAGGGCCGGGCCGGGGCUACAAGGGCAGCGGCGCCGCCCCCUCCCCACCCACUCCCGUGCACGCCCGGCCCGCAGCGUCCUCGCUGCCGCCCCUCGCCUCGCAGCUGCAGCCCGCGUGGACGCUCCCGCCCGAGCGCCCCGGACCAACCCGGGUGACCCACUGGCGCGCGGACGAGCGCACGGCCGCUCCCGGCCGGCAGCGCGGGGGUUAAGCGGCCCAAGUAAACGUAGCGCGGCGAUCGGCGCCGGAGAUUCGCGAGCCCGGCACCCCGCGCCGUCCGCUGGCCACGACCCCCCGCGGCGCGACCGAGGCGCCGCGCCACAGCAAACCUCGCGGCAGGAAACAAUGAAGGGAGACAGCAGACAUCUGAAUGAGGAAGAGGGUGCCAGUGGAUGUGAGGAAAGUGUCAUCAUCAACGGGAACUGCAGUGACCAGUCCUCAGACACUAAGGAUGCUCCCUCACCCCCAGUCUUGGAGGCAAUCUGCACAGAGGCAGUCAGCACGCCAGAGAGCAGAGGCCGCAGAUCAAGCUCACGGCUGUCAAAGAGGGAGGUCUCCAGCCUGCUGUCUUAUACUCAGGAUCCAACAGGAGAUGGAGACGGUGAUGGUGAGGCAGAGGAUGGGGAUGGCUCUGACAUUGUAAUGCCAAAGCUCACGCGUGAGACCAAGGAGACCAGGUCACCCUCUGAAAGUCCAGCUGUGCGAACCCGAAAUAGCAACAGUACCUCCAGCCUGGAGAGGCAAAGAGCCUCCCCUAGAAUCACCCGAGGCCGCCAGGGCCGCCACCAUGUACAGGAGUACCCCGUGGAGUUCCCAGCUACCAGGUCUCGGAGACGUCGAGCAUCGUCUUCAGCAAGCACACCGUGGUCAUCCCCUGCCAGCCCUUACCCCAGCAUUGACCUCAUAGAAGAAGUGACACCUCAGAGCAGCAGUACCCCAUCGAUUGACCUGAGCCAGGACAGCCAGCAGGAGAGCAUGGAUGCUGCACAGCUGGAUGCAGAUAGCAAGGAUGGAGACAGCACGGAGUAUCAGGAUGAUAAGGAAUUUGGAAUUGGUGACCUUGUGUGGGGAAAAAUCAAGGGCUUCUCCUGGUGGCCUGCCAUGGUAGUAUCCUGGAAAGCCACCUCCAAGCGCCAGGCCAUGCCCGGUAUGCGAUGGGUACAGUGGUUUGGUGACGGCAAAUUUUCUGAGGUCUCAGCUGACAAACUCAUGGCCCUGGGGCUGUUCAGCCAGCACUUUAACCUGGCCACCUUCAAUAAGCUGGUUUCUUAUAGGAAGGCCAUGUACCACACUCUGGAGAGAGCCAGGGUGCGAGCUGGCAAGACCUUCCCCAGCAGCCCGGGAGACUCCCUGGAGGACCAGCUGAAGCCCAUGCUGGAGUGGGCCCAUGGGGGCUUCAAGCCCACUGGCAUUGAAGGCCUCAAACCAAACAACAAACAGCCAGAGAACAAAGGUCGAAGACGCACAACCAAUGACUCUGCCACUUCUGAGUGCUGUCCCCCACCCAAGCGCCUCAAGACAAACAGCUGUGGCGGGAAAGACCGAGGAGAGGAUGACGAGAGCCGAGAACGGAUGGCUUCUGAUGUCACCAACAACAAGGGCAAUCUGGAAGACCGCUGUUUGUCCUGCGGUAGGAAGAACCCUGUGUCCUUCCACCCCCUCUUUGAGGGUGGGCUCUGCCAGAGUUGCCGGGAUCGCUUCCUGGAGCUCUUCUAUAUGUAUGACGAGGACGGCUAUCAGUCCUACUGCACCGUGUGCUGCGAGGGCCGCGAGCUGCUUCUGUGCAGCAACACGAGCUGCUGCAGGUGCUUCUGUGUGGAGUGUCUGGAGGUGCUGGUGGGUACGGGGACAGCUGAGGAUGCCAAGCUGAAGGAACCCUGGAGCUGCUAUAUGUGCCUCCCCCAGCGCUGCCAUGGGGUCCUGAGGCGCAGGAAGGAUUGGAACAUGCGCCUGCAAGACUUCUUCACUACUGAUCCUGACCUUGAAGAAUUUGAGCCGCCCAAGUUGUACCCAGCGAUUCCUGCAGCCAGGAGGAGGCCCAUUAGAGUCCUGUCCCUGUUUGAUGGAAUUGCCACAGGGUACUUGGUGCUCAAAGAGUUGGGUAUCCAAGUGGAAAAGUACGUCGCCUCCGAAGUCUGUUCAGAGUCCAUCGCUGUGGGGACUGUUAAGCAUGAAGGCCAAAUCAAAUACGUGGAUGACGUCAGGAAAAUCACAAAGAAAAAUAUUGAAGAGUGGGGCCCAUUUGACUUGGUGAUUGGUGGAAGCCCUUGCAAUGACCUCUCCAAUGUCAAUCCAGCCAGGAAAGGCCUGUAUGAGGGCACCGGCAGGCUCUUCUUUGAGUUUUACCACUUGCUGAAUUAUACACGCCCCAAGGAGGGCGACAACCGUCCGUUCUUCUGGAUGUUUGAGAAUGUGGUGGCCAUGAAGGUCAACGACAAGAAAGACAUCUCCAGAUUCUUGGCGUGUAACCCAGUGAUGAUCGAUGCCAUCAAGGUUUCUGCCGCUCACAGGGCCCGAUACUUCUGGGGCAACCUACCUGGGAUGAACAGGCCCGUGAUAGCUUCAAAGAAUGAUAAACUCGAGCUGCAGGACUGCUUGGAGUUCAGUAGGACAGCAAAGUUAAAGAAAGUACAGACAAUAACCACCAAGUCGAACUCCAUCAGACAGGGGAAAAACCAGCUUUUCCCUGUAGUCAUGAAUGGCAAGGACGAUGUUUUGUGGUGUACUGAGCUCGAAAGGAUCUUCGGCUUUCCUGCACACUACACAGAUGUCUCCAACAUGGGCCGUGGCGCCCGCCAGAAGCUGCUGGGAAGAUCCUGGAGUGUGCCAGUCAUCAGACACCUCUUUGCCCCCUUGAAGGACUACUUUGCAUGUGAAUAGUUCUACCCAGGACUGGGGUGCUCUUGGUCUGAGCCAGGUCCCCAGAGUCACCCUUUCCCUGAAGGCACCUCACCUCUCCCCUUCCUCACUCAGCUCACCUGUUUGGGGCCUCACCUCACUGUGUACCUCAGCUUUCUCCUGCUCAGUGGGAGCAGAGCCUCCUGGCCCUUGCAGGGGAGCCCAAGGUGCUCCCUUAAUGUGCACAGCUCAGACCUGGCUGCUUAGAGUAGCCCGACAUGGUGCUCAUGUUUUCUUACCUUGAAACUUUAAAACUUGAAGUAGAUUGUAAGAUGGCUUUUUUUCCCCUCCUGGGUUAAUCAGUCAGAAGUGAUGGCUAAGAUACCAAAAUGACAGCUCUCCCAGUACUCAGGUUAAUGCUGCAAAAUCACUUCAGAUUUUGUUUUUAAAUAACCUGUGCUCCACAUUUAUUUGCUAGAGAUGCUAGUGUCAAUGUGGGCUCAGAUGAACAAGGUCAAGGGGCUAGAAAUGUUUUUGGUUUUUGUUUUUAAUUUUCCCUAGGGACAGUAGAAGCUGAAAAGGUUUAUGACUUAAGUCUUAGUGGCACCUUCCCCUUGCUUUGCUGCAAGGGCUGGAGUCCUUUUGGUCUUGUCGCAUUUUCCAGUAUGAUGAUGAUGUCAGCAGGGAUGAUGUCAUCAUCACAUUCAGGGCUGUUUCCCCCAAGAUUCCCUGGGCAGGGGCCCAUGUAGCUAAUCCUCAAGACUGGAAUAGAAUGUUUUUGAGCUCAGGAAGUGGGGUGGCCCCUCUUCCAUGUGUGAGGGAUGUGAAGGAGGGACUCUAGCUGAACUAUUUCCCACUCCCUCUCUCCAAAUGAUGGGACCCUCCUCCCCCGCCAGCUCAGGUCUCCAGAUAAGUAUGAUCCUCUAAUACUUUAUGAGAAGCUAGGGCCAGAAGCACACUAUUUUCCCUUAUCUAAGAGAUGAUGGGGAAACUACAGCGAGAAACUUGGAUCUUCUGGAGAUUUUUAAAACCUUUUUACCCCAUGAUACAUUGUGUUUUUAAGGGGCAUUCUUUUUUAGGGGUAUCACUGGAGAUAAGAAAAGCUGCAUUUCAGAAAUGCUAUCUCAAUGUUUUUUUAACACCUUUUACUCUGAUUACUGGUGCUAUUUUGUAGAAAAAGGACAACCUUGACACAUUUGGGGGCUUUUUAUACACUUUUUACGACUCUCAGACUUCUAUUUUCAUUAAAGGUUUUUUUAAUUUUUUUUUAUUUGGUAAUGGAGCAGUGUCACAAGUGGAAAAUGCCUUGUUUCAACGGCUUUGUCUCCGCUAUUUUUUAAGUUUUAGGCAGAAAGCUAACAGAUGCCUAGAAUUUUCCUUUCUGUUUGAUUAAAAUUGUAUUUCUCUAA